AUGGAAGUCGUUGAGGAAACGGUUGUGAAAGUAGAGGAAAGCCAAGCAGAAGAAGAAGACGAUGAUGCCGCAAUAUCAAAAGUUUUUCCAUGCCUAUACUGCACAAGAACUUUCUACAGUUCUCAAGCUUUAGGGGGCACCAAAAUGCUCACAGAAAAGAGAGAAGAACCAGAAGAAACACCGAGAGGGCUUCUGCUGGGUACUCGUAUCUUCUAUUUGCUUCUUCGCUGUCGACCCCUCCUAAGGUUUUUCCUUCAGCGUUCAUCACUGGCCAUGCAACAAAUCUCGCAUAUUUCCCAAGCCGCCAUAUUUCAGAAGGAUUUAGAUCAGAUGACGCACAUGAAUUUGCUGGAGAUAAUGGUGUUUCCUUACCGAUUAAGUGAGGAUAUUGUUGAGAGAAGUUUCGCUGAUUGGCAAAGAAGCCUUAGAAGCAGUGGCUUCAACAGUGUUGACACAUCUCAACUAAUAUCAUUACUGAAGAGUGACACUCAAAACCUUGAGACAAGGACCUAUUGUGCAGAGAAAUAUCAAGAAAUUGAUUUAUCUCUCCAUUUGUAG